GUCUCUCUCCUCUCAUCUCUCACACUCUCGCGCCCCAACCCCUCUCUCUCCUCCCGGCUCAGAACUUGGCGCUCCCUCCGACUCUUCCGACGCCGGCGCCUCCGCCUCCGCCUCCGCCGACGCCGAUGCCGACGCAGACGCCGACGCUCCUCUACGCGCUCGCGCUCCCAACUUCUCUCUUCUCACAGACGUGCCGCCUCCGACGCCGACGCCUUCUGCACUCUGAGAACUCGCGCUCCCUCCGACACCGCCUUCGACGCCCACGCCGACGCCUCCGCCGACGCCUCUGCCCCCAACCCUUGCCGACGCCUCCGCGUCGGCCAUGCCCUAGCCCUAGCCUCUGCCUCGACGCUCUGCGUCCGCAAGCCCCGAAGAAGCGACGGUGGAAGGCGAAGCCGUAGCCAAAGGAGGAGCUCCACCACCACCAGCCGCAGCCGGCGGCGGCGGCCAAGUCUUCGUCGUCGUCGUCGGCGGUGGCCAGGGAGAAGAGAUCGCAGCAGCAGCACGCGGUCGACGAGAAGUACGCCCGGCGGAAGUCCCUCGUCCCCGUCCUCUAUGACUGGCUGGCCAACCACAACCUCCUCUGGCGUUCUCUCUCUUGCCGGUACUUCAAAGGCCUCCUAUUUCUCUGUUCGCUAUUUUGCACAAGCUUAACUUCUCUUUAUAUCAAUAUUAGUUGGUGAAUGUAGGUGGAGUCGCACAAGCUUCUUUGGGAUGAGUUUGCAAUAGCUGGUGCUGUGCGUGAGUUUGGUGGGCUGGAAGUUAUUUUGGACAUGAUCCAGGCUCUUGACCGAGGCGCUGCGCUGCUGAAAGUAGACAAGCUUGCUACUGGACAUAAUGCCGAUGAUAUUGCUGAAACAGUUCUUUUAAAUAUUUUGCGGGGUGACAUUGCCCGAUUGAGUAGGUGUACUGCAAUUACAACUGGUGAAGACGGACCAAUUCCUAGGUGUAAACCUUUUAAGUACACGUACGAGAAAGAGAUCGUCAUGUAUGCAUAUUUCAAGAGGCUGGAUUAUUUCUCAACUGAAUGCAUCUAUUCUCCUAAUGCAUAUCGGGGUUUUGCUCGUGAGUUUAUUAAGGACUUGGAAAGAAUAAGACCUAGAGCCAUACUCGACAUUAUAAAAUCAGGUGAAAAUUUCAGAAUAUCUGCUUCGACAAAAAUGCCAGAGCAGGGGACGUGUGAAUGCUGUGGUUACAUUUCAAGCCAGAAAUGGUGUAAAGCCUGUGUUUUGCUGGAAGGACUGAACAGGGGGUUGCCAAAACUAGGAAUAGGGCGGACUCGAGUCUCAUAUAUCCCAAAAGCAGAUGCUAAGUUUCGUCUUUACUACUGAUUGAUGGUAAAUCUUCCAGAUGCUCCAAAUAGAGCAAAAAUUUUGAAAGUCAUACUGGCAAAGGAAGACUUCUGCAGAUGUCGACUUGGACGGAAUUGCAAGCAUGACAGAUGGUAACUCAGGAAGUGACCUAAAGAAUUUAUGUGUAAUCGAAGCGCACAGGCCAAUUAAAGAGAUAUUGCAAAAGGAGAAAAAGUUCCACAUCUUCUCAUAAUUUGAUAUGGCUACUUUACUCGUACUUUGAUUAUGGCUGAUAAUAUGUGCAACUCAUGGCAGGAACGCGCUGCAGCUCUAGCAGAAGGCAAACCUGCUCCAGCUUUGAGAGGGAGUGCUGAUAUACGGUCUCUCAAUAUGGAAGAUUUCAAAUAUGCACAUGAACGGGUAUGUGCGAGCGUAUCAUCCGAGUCUAUUAACAUGACCGAGCUUCUGCAGUGGAAUGAACUCUACGGUGAAGGCGGUUCAAGAAGAAAGAAGGCACUCAGCUAUUUCAUGUGAAGUAUCAUUGUUCACUAAUUCACAAUUACAAUUUUUGACCCGCUGCUCGUCCUCCGAAAAGCUACUGCAUAAUUAAUCCAUUUUGUUUUUGUAACCUGGGAAGCCCCUUGUUUUAGUUUCUCCUUGUAAUGUUUUCUUGCCAAGUUUUAUUUUUUUUUCCAUUUUUCUUGGAUUGUUGGUAUAAAAGAGAGAGAGAGAGGAAAGCCUUCAAUGGCUUUUAAUUUGGCUCCGCAUCAUAUCUGUCCUCUUUUGCUUUCUAUUAUGCUAUUACGAUUUACUGAUUCUCAUAUAAUUUGAACUUUUGUUCAUCUCUUUUAGGUGAAGUCCUUACUGUCACUAUGUU